AUGCCUAAUCUAGAGCCUUAUAAGCACAAACGACUUGAGUCUCCUCGAUCCAUUCGUAUUCUUAAGCUUCUCCCUUUAGUAGAGCAAAAUGCGCCCAUUCAAUUUCGUCUCAAGGAACUCGACAUCAACAAGUAUGCAUCUCACCACUAUGAAACUCCAGGGCCUGAUGAAGCCCUCUCGUACGUUUGGGGCUCGAGAAUUGGUUCGAUACCCAUCGCAUGUGAGGGCAAGUCUCUUCUCGUGACGGAAAAUUGUCACAGUGCUCUAGUCCGUCUACGACGUCGGUUUCGGAGUCGAGCUCUCUGGAUUGAUUCUAUUUGCAUCGACCAGGAGAAAAGUAAGCCAUCGGAGGAAGAGCGCACUGUACAAAUACAACUCAUGGGCGAAGUAUAUUGCAUAGCCAGUUGUGUUAUAGUUUGGCUAGGACAAUGCUCAGUCUCGACGAAAGGAAUUUUGAGGAUACUACAGGCAUCCACAAUACUAGAGCUGAUAUAUAAGAGAGUAUCAAAUAUCACGAUUAACAGAUGGAGACAAGAUAUUUCAUAG